AUGGUUUCCCUUUUGUUACCAAUGUUGUUCUUUGCUGCUCUUAUACUUGUUCCACAAGGGCUUGCUGAUUUUAACUUUGUACCUAAAUAUAAGUCAAGAAUAUCGGUUAGAAAAUCUUCAAUUUUAAAUCCUGAAAUCUCGAAGACACUAAAUCUCGAAGACAUAAAUGGACCAAAUUACAAUCUCAAUAAUUGGAAAAACAUUUGGAUACCCAAAAUCAAGCAGAAGCCGGCCACCAAGAUCCCCCAGCUCCCCCACCAGCCUAUUCCAAAACGUACUAAACAAGGGCCUAUUAUUCCAAAACCUACUAGCCCCCCAGAACCUACUAGCCCCCAGAUGUGA